UCCGGGGCGGAAAAUUUGUGAGCAGAGCGCGGGAGCUGCGAGUCUGGCGUCCGCUCGGUCCGGGAAAGGCCUUGAGAAGUUUGUGCGCUUCCAGGUGCUCCUUGGGAAGCCAAGGCUGCUUCCUCACGACUUUCCGGUCCUAGCGCCUGUUACCUCGGAGCGCCUCUCUGCCUCCCUGGUGCCCAGAUACCUGUUUCGGAGAAGAUGACGGAGGAACUGGACCUCACAGGACAGGACUCUGAUGCAGGUAGUGAAGAGGUGGUCCUGACCCCUGCAGAGCUCAUUGAAAGGCUGGAGCAGGCCUGGAUGAAUGAAAAGUUUGCCCCUGAGCUGCUGGAAAGCAAGUCUGAGAUUGUAGAGUGUGUCAUGGAGCAGCUAGAUCACAUGGAAGAAAAUCUCAGGAGAGCCAAGAAGGGGGAUCUGAAGGUCAGCAUUCAUCGGAUGGAGAUGGAGAGGAUCCGCUAUGUCCUCAGCAGCUACUUGCGGUGUCGGCUUAUGAAGAUAGAGAAGUUUUUCCCUCAUAUCCUUGAAAAGGAGAAAACAUCCCACGAGGGGGAGCUUUCUAGCCUUUCUCCAGAGGAGCUGGUCUUUGCCAAACAGUACAUGGCUAACACAGAGACCUACCUUAAGAAUGUUGCCUUAAAGCAUAUGCCUCCUAACUUACAGACGGUGAGCCUCCUGAGGUCAGUUCCCAAACCAGAUCUAGAUUCAUACGUGUUUCUGAGAGUGAAAGAACGGCAGGAAAACAUCCUGGUAGAACCAGAAACCGAUGAGCAAAGGGACUACAUGAUUGACUUGGAGGAAGGCUCCCAGCACUUGAUCCGCUAUAAAACCAUUGCGCCCCUGGUUGCUUCUGGAGCAGUUCAGCUGAUAUAAAAUCGAAAGCAAACACAGAAUAAUGACAGCAUGGAACCCUAAAGGAAAUGUGUAAGAUCUCUUCACUGCUUUGUGCCUAAGGACUGCAGACUUUCCUGGCAGUACUGCAGGUCUUUGGGCACUGAGAAGAGUCUCAGGCACGAUUCCUAACUUGCCACACGUCCUCACUGCCUGCCAUCCCAGCCACAGUCAGCAGAUGGAGCCACCGCUCUGUUGGUUCCGCGUGCUGGCCGAGUCCUCCGACAUGCUCACUUUGUGGGCCUUUUUCCUUUGUGGUAUUUCUUGAGCUAAAGAAAGUGAGACAACCGCAGUUCAUAAAAAAGCAUCGCUGCCUAUGAUUAGGAGACAGUAGUUAGCCCUAACCUGAGAGAGACCGGAUAGUUCUUUCACAUCCCCGAUAAGAAGAAGAUAAAUGCCACAGAAAAACUGAAGAUGAAGUAUCUUCUGGAUUAUCUCACUGGAUUGUGUGAACUAACCUUCUGGAACCUCUAAUAUCAGACUUAAGACCAAUGUCUGCCCUGGAGAAUCAUAACUAAACCAAGAAACCAUUUCUGAGUUUCAGUUUUGUGCCAGAAGGACCCUCUGGCCAGUUCUCGGUUGGUAGCCUAAUGAAGUAUGUGCUCCCUACUGCUAACCUGCAGCCUUCCUGAAUCUCGGGCAGCUUUGCCAAGCCAACCUCCAGGCCAUCUGGCCACUCUUGGCCGGGGAUCUGCUAACAGCAACAUUAACUGUCCUAUCUUGUGACCUCAGUAACAGCAUUUCUGUUUUUAGCUCUACUUUCUCAAGGGAAGCGGAUGAAAUUAACAUGAGCAGAGAGCAUCAUGGUGAUAUCUGAAGGAAGGAUGUAGAGACCGUGAAUGAAUCGUCUUUCCCUGAAACGUGAUAAAAAGGAACCUGCAUUCCAGUCUUUCGCUGAUGAGAAGGCAGCAGAUUUUCAUUUAUAUAAUAUUGGCUGUUAGAAAAAUCAAUGUAAUAUGGCUGUCAUUUCCAAGAAAAAUCACUAAGAAAAAGCAAGGAGGGUUUAUUUGUUAAUAAAAGCAUUUUAUAUUUCAGGCAGUGCUUUAUCUUUUCCGUGGUGUUUUUACCUUCUUCAGCUUUUUAUAAAACAAAUGAGCAUGUCAGGCACAGGUCAAGGCACUGAAGCUCCAACCCAGAAUAAGACAGAGAAUUGAAACAGGACAACUCACUACAGAGUAGAGUCGGGGGGUUGACAGGUUCUUACCUAAGAGUGAAUCUUACUAAAUUGUGCCAAGAUCUGAAUACCAGGGAGCCAGACACACAGAUCAAAAGGAAGAUCAUUCCAGACAGAGAAGAUGGCUUAUACGAAGUCCCUGAAGCAGAAACGAGCUCUGUCUGCAAGUCAUUAAACACAGUGGGCGAAAUGGAAAGUGGUGCCCAGUAAGGCCUGAGAGGCAGUCUGGACCCAGAUCACAUAGGGCUUUGUUAGCAAGGAUCCCAUUUGGUCCUCACAACAGUCCUGAGAAGUAGACAGGGCUGGUAGCAAUAGGUGGGAAAUGGAUGUUAAAGUGGAUGUUUAGUGGUAGGUCUGAGCCUAGAACCCGCGGCUCCCUCUUCAUCGUGUGUAUACGAGGUCCCUCCCCAAUGCCUCCCUUAUGCUGAGCAGCCUGGGGAGGGAUGUGGGCUAUUACACUGUUCUCUAGAACAUGCCUCCAGAACCUUGACAAGAACACCGAUUGCCCAGAGGUCUUGAUAAGAUUCUGGUUCUGGUUCAGGAAGACUGGGAUGGGGCCGAGGAUUCUGCAUUUCUGAGGAGCUCCCAGGCUGCACCAUUGCUACAGACCCAAGAAGCACACUUUGAGUGGAAGAGCUCUAUGCCAUCACUGGCAUGCCGCAGACAUGCCAGGUUGCAUGGAAGAUUUAAAGGUCUCAGCUAAAACCACAGAACGCGUUCUUCCGUUUCCUAGGCCACCUCUUUAAAGGAAGACUACUUUAAAUUAGUCGUUUUAAGAUAAAGCAGAAGUCCAGUUUCAAAACCAAGUAGAAAAGGAAGUGGCUUAGUGUAACACUGACUUCAGCUUUUCCAGCUUUGGUAUUUUGCUCUACAGAUAAUAGCUCAUCAUGGAAGCAUGACAGAUGGUUUUUCAAAUAAUUGCGUCAUACUUCAUCAUAAGCUUGCUGCCAGCAAGAUGGCUAUUCCUGAGAAGUGCUGGCAGGUCCGUAUCUGGGUUUUUCCAGCCACAGCAAUCACAAUUCAGCAGUGACCUUACAACAAGGUCAGCUGUAUUUACUCUGGGCUCCGGCUCCAGCAGGCAACGUGACUUUGUUGCCAUCCUCAAAUGCAUCAAACUUCCUUCCAUGAUGUACACAAGUUACCCAUAGGGCUUUCAGAGUAAACUGUUAAGCAAGCACAUUUUUUAUCAUUUCUU